CAUUGCAGGAGAUGAAGUCUGCGUCACCUCUGUUGCUACUGUCGAUGAUUCUCAGCGCCAGCAGCUCGUGUCCGGAUCUGGAAGCACAAUGUGAAGAUAUCUUCCGACGUGUUCUUGCAGAGCGAGUGGUUCUCAAGGGACAGCGGAGUCUGGAGCUGUUGCAAAGCCUGCUGACAUAUCUACUCUGGCACCACCAUCGCUAUGAUCCUGAAACUCAGCAGUAUUUUCAGUUUCUCCAGCUGGCGCUCGGCAUGGCGGCAGACCUUGGUUUGUACACGAGGUUCAAAAAGCCGGGAGGGAUCUCCGUGCAAUCGGCAGAAGAUUUCAACGUCGUGCGAACAUUUCUGCUGUGCUACUAUCUCAGCUGCGGCACCGGCAUUCUUGGCUAUGACAGGCCGGAUUCUAUGCAAAGCAUUCAAGAAUUAAAGCAUGCGGCCGGCCUUUUGGCUCAGGGAUCGAAAGAUGUCCUCGACAGACAGGCGCCAGCUAUGCUUGCACUGAUGCAUGUCCUUGCGCAGCAACGUGACCAUUUGAACCGUUCCGGAAGGACAGAGUCUCAGUCCGGCAGCUUCUCGACAGCACUGGAAAGCUGGGAGGCGUCUCAGCUCAGCUAUGAGAGUCCGCCCAUUGUCAGGUGCACCUAUCACUUCGUCUACGCGUACGGCUUGCUGAAAGGUUCCGUUCCUAGCUCGUUGACGGCCAGGGUAUACCAAACCUGUCUGGACCAUCUUGUCGUUGUACUGUCCACUAUCCUGGAGCAAGACGUGUCUCACCUCGUGCUGUUGGGAAUCGCUGAGUGGGGACAUUUGUUGACGACGCUCUUUCUCCUUCCACGUCUGGAGACCUCUCUGGCGGCAACAACGUCGAGUCACACAUCUGGACACAAGGACACUCCGCUUACAUUCCACUAUAUCGGCCGUUUUCGCGACGCUCUUCGAGAGAUCAAGGUGAAAGCGCAGCAUAAUAUUGUUCUCGGCACUCAUACCUUCUUCGGCUGGCUGGACAAGAUCCUGUCCGCGGUUGAAACGCAGACGACCUCUCGCGUGUCGUCUUCUUCUUCUGCCAAAGCAGACACCCGAGAACAGGGCGACACGUCGGCCUACGAGCUUGUCAACUCGUUUCUUGAUGACCAAGAUGGGGACGUGUCUGGCGCUGAGCAUUUGCUAGCUAAGAACAGGGCUCACAACGAGGGUUCCAACACGGAAGACUUCUGGGUCGACUUUAUGUCGGACUGGUUGAAUUGGUGACCGACCGCAGCCGGUCAGAUCCAGCCUGGGUGGACGGACGCCUCUUUCUCAAACGCUACAUAUUUUAUGGGCGGCUCGUGGAAUCACAGAACAUCUUCAGACGCAUCGGGGCACUGUUUAGCAUUGAGAGAGUACGUCUGUAUGUCACAAUUAGCC